UGAGAAACUUUUGACUAUGGACCAUUUUGACCUUAAUUGUAUAUAGGGAAAGCCACUUAAUUGUCCUUUGCACUCUGGAAAGCAUUAUUGGAAGAGACAGCAUCACAAAAAGCAGCAAUAAGGUACCUUCCUUUUUCCAUUGAUCAUUUGCCACUGUGAAGUCUUGGCCUGCCGACUCUUGAGAAAUUUGAUUGAGCAUCAUGGCAGAGAGUGCUGUACGUUUUUUGAUUAACCAGAUCUCAACUUUGCUUUACCAAGAGAUCACACUUUUGGGGGGGCUUAAAUCAGAUGUUCAAUUCAUCAAAGAUGAACUCGGGAGCAUGAAGGCUUUCCUCAGAGAAGCUGAAGCAAAGGACGACAAUAUUAAUGAUUCUCAACUCCAAGAAUGGCUAAAGCAGGUUCGAGAAGUUGCUUAUGAUACACAGGAUGUUCUCGAUGAUUUUACCUUCCGCUUUGCUCGUGGUUACAUGGAUGGAUUCUAUGGCAAGGUUGGAAAGAUCUAUAACUCAAUAAAGAAUCUGAAAGCUCGCCAUCAAAUUUCUUUGGAGAUAAAAGACAUCAAGGCCAGAGUUGGAGAGAUUUCAGCAAGGCAUCAGAGGUACCAGUCCCUAUAUGGUACUCAAGAAAGAGGCUUCAGCUCUUCUCGUCAGGUGAAUGCAGAUUUUGACAUUCGUGCUCAAUCACUCUUCAUUGAAGAAGCUCGACUUGUUGGGAUUGAUAAGCCAAAAGCAGAGCUCAUCUCAAAAAUCGUUGAUGACCAUUCCCAAUUGAAAGUAGUUUCGGUUGUGGGAAUGGGGGGACUCGGGAAGACUACCCUGGUGAAAAAAGUCUAUGAUGACGCUGCAGUGAAGAAACAAUUUCAGAGCCACGCCUGGAUAACUGUUUCUCAAAAUUUUCAGUUCAGGGACAUCAUCAAGAACCUGAUCCAACAGUUGUACAACGAAAUCAGACGGCCGGUCCCUCGCCGAGUGGAAUCCAUGGAUGAUAAUAUGCUGAUUGAAUUUGUCAGAGACUUCCUCCAGGAAAAAAGGUACAUUCUUGUCCUUGAUGAUGUGUGGAGUAUAGAUGCCUGGGAAGCUAUCAAAUGUGUAUUGCCUGACUGCAAUACCGCUAGUCAUGCUGUAUUGACAACACGAAUGGCUGAUGUAGCUUCUGCGUCCUGUUUAGGAUCACUUGACUUCGUCUAUAAGAUGGAGCCUCUUUCUGAUAAAGAGUCUUGGACUCUGUUUUGCAAUAGAACAUUUCAGAGCAAUGACUGUCCUCCAAAUGUAGAAGAAGUUGUUAAAAAAGUACUGAAAAAAUGUGAGGGCCUACCGCUUGCAAUUGUUGCAAUAGGUGGUGUUAUGGCUCUGAAGGACAAGGAAAAGACAGAUGAAUGGGAGAUGAUUCUUCAUGGUUUUGGUGGCGAGGCAGAUGGCAGUGGUAAGCUUGACAGGAUCAAAAGGGUACUCUUACUUAGCUACAAUGAUUUGCCUCACUAUCUUAAAAGCUGCCUAUUGUAUCUAAGCAUCUACCCUGAAGAUUAUCCAAUUGGCGUGGAUGAUAUACUUCUGAAAUGGAUUGCACUAGGAUUUGUAGAACAGAAAGAAGGGAUAACAUCCACCGAUAUUGCUAUGAGAUAUAUGAAAGAACUCAUCAACAGAAGCUUAAUCCAAGUUAAAUCCAGAUCGACCGAUGGCACAUUGGCUACAUGUGGUCUCCACGAUUUUCUGCGUGAAAUCAUUGUUUCAAAAUCUAAAGAGCAGAGUUUCACGACUGUAGCCACCAGAUGUUACAAUUGACUUAAGUUCAUAUUGAAAUAGUAACAAUCAACCUCAAUUCCUCAAAAUAUGCGUAUGUACAAGUAUGGAUUUAGAUUUUCAUUUUCCAGUUAACUCCAUCAAAAUUUUUCUGGUUCAGCAAGACAUAGAACAGAGCAUCUACCGAAGAAAAAACAAGAUCAAAGUGUAUGAAGCAUAAAAGAUGAAGUUUGUCAAAUUAGUAAAGCUUCGAUAACACCUUUCAAAGUCC